AUGGACAAAGCCAUAGACGUGCAACGCAUGGCACUAGAGGAGGCGACGUCGAUCGGAGGACCAGGUCAGCAUCAGCACAUGGAUGCUCUAGCAAACCACUUGUUAGGGAGACAUGCACUGUUCGGGACAGAUAACGAUCUCGAGGAAGCGAUACGGAUCCAGAGGGCCGCUGUGGACAUCUGUCCGCCGACACAUUCGGAGCGAGAGUUCGUGCUCAACAAGCUGGCUUCAGCACUUCGCCUCCGCUUCCAACGGCUCGGGUCCGUCGAGGACUUGAACGAAGCAGUGAUCGUGUGUCGCCAAGCCCUUGCUGUCAGGCGUCCCAACAGCACCGCACGACCUUACACAUUAGAUAUACUUGCUCAACUCCUUACCUCACGAUUUCAAGUUUCGUCUGCGUCCGACUCCGAUCUAGAUGAGCUCGUGGAAGUAGGACGCGAAGCCGUCCGCAUCUGCCCACCACAUCAGAACGACCACUGGAUUCGCUUGGACACCUUGGCGGACUCAUUUCAGAUGCGCUUCACAUGGACCGGAUCCCUUGCGGACCUCGAGGAGACGAUUGAGCUGCGACGCCGCGCCGUUGAUCACGCUCCCGCUGAGGACCCGCGUCGGUGGGUUAUGAUUAGUAACCUCGCGGGUAGCCUCCGCCUACGGUUUACGGAGCUAGGUCAUGUCGACGACAUCAAUGAGACAGUCAGGCUUUACCGACAGGUAUCGGACACUGCUGCGGCCAACGUCGUUGAUCAUCCUGAUCGCCUAUUGGCAAUGGUGUCCUCACUUUGUCUCCGUUUCAAGACGCUUCGGUCCGUGGAAGAUCUCAACGAAGCAAUCGAAAUUUCGGAGUUGGUUCUGGGAUCUAUUCCGUCCUCCCAUGCAUUCCGACCACGAGCUAUCAAGUGUCUAGCUGAUGCGCUGGUCUUGAGAGCGCGCCCCGAAGACCUGGAUAACGCGGUGAGGUCGCUGGAAGAGAACAAGGAGCACGUUCGUCCUUCGUCGUCCUUCAGCACCGAAUACGCUCUUGCAUUGGGUGACUCGCUUUCGUGCAGAUUCAGUCGCAUAAAGCAGGCAAGCGAUGCUGAACGUGCCAGGGAGGUCUUGACAGUGCUGCUGGAUCGGCUGCCCCCAGGACGAAGAGACCGUUUCCAGUGUCUCCUCCAGUUGUCCGAGCUACAUUUGGAUAUCGACUCUCCGUACUUCGACGUGUCCUCUGCCCUGCAAUACAUAGCAGAAGGAAUUCGAGACGACCAUCGGGAUGUCCGAUUUCGUCUGCAAGGCACCAUGCGUGUCUUGCGGUUGAUCGAGCCCCUCCAGCCCGACUUCCAGGACGUCGACUGCUCCAUAAGGACCCAUCUCUUGGACAUAUACGGCGCCGUCGUCGCAUUACUACCACGCGUCGCCUACUUCAGCCUUGACCUAUCUUCUCGUCUCCACUCCCUGGCCAUAGGCCAGAGCGCCGCGAUAACGGGAGCUGCGUGCGCCCUCACCCUGUCGCGACCGCAGAGAGCACUAGAGAUCCUCGAACAAGGCCGCGGCAUCUUCUGGUCUCAUUCAUUCCGACUUCGGUCGCAGUUCGACGACGUCCCGGAGGUUCAGCGACGUCAAUUAUUGGCGCUGGCCCAUCAGCUCGAGAGGAGCAAUGACGCGCUGCCAGAUCAGAGUGAUGACCGCCUCAUGGAGAAGGCGUUAUCCAGACGAAGGAAACAAAGCGAGGAGUUCAAUUCGCUGGUCGAAGAAAUACGCUCCAUGCCUGGACUCGACCGUUUCAUGCUCCACGACACUUACGCGACCCUGGCCAAAGCUGCGGACAAGGGACCUGUGAUAGUCAUUCUCCCGAGCGCCUUCGCGUCCUUUGCCAUAAUAAUCAGGUCAGAUCGGGAACCUGUGAGCAUUCCUUUACCUUCGCUCAGCGAGGACUGGAUCGCACAAUCGAGUGGUACGUGGAGAUCAGCGGUGUCCGAAGCGAGAAAUGCAGUACGAAACCGCUUAAAGCUCCAGAAGAUUGCCAUGAAAGUAUCCCAGGUACAGUCCCAGGCGACGUUGAUGGAGGACGUCCUGGAAGGGCUUUGGACAAAGGUCGUGAAACCUAUCAUGCUGGAGCUGAAGUUGAAGCCCCGCUCAGGACGACGGAGGCCUCGUCUAUGGUGGUGCCUGACGGGAAACCUGGCCCAUCUCCCCAUUCACGCUGCUGGCGUGCGAAGGAAGCAAGGAUGCUCUGAUUACGUCGUGUCGUCCUACAUACCAACCCUCGGAGAACUGCUGUAUGCACGGAGCACUUCUCAGCUCGUCAGGAAACGCGACGCAAAGGCACUCCUCGUCGCGGUGCCACAGCCCCGUGCCGGCGGGUGGGUGGAGCUGCCGUCGACCCUUGAAGAAGUCCGAGAGGUCGAAGCUAUCCUCCCUGCAUCCGCGCUGAUACCCCUCUCGGAGGGUUCGUUAGUCAAAGAUCCUUCAAGCGUCACCAGCAGGGCGUUGUUAGAUGCGUUAUCAAACGCUCACGUUCUCCAUCUUGCGUGCCACGGAGUACAAGAUCCCACGAACCCGCUCCAAAGCGGUUUCGUGCUUGGCGACGGGAUCCUUACGAUCGAUAAAUUGAUGGGAAUAUCGCUUCCUCGCGCCUUCCUGGCUUUUCUGAGCGCAUGUGAGACGGCGAAGGGGGACAGAAGCCAGCCGGACCAAGCCGUCCACCUCGCGGCGACCAUGAUCUUUGCUGGAUUCAAGAGCGUUAUCGCCACACUUUGGUCGAUGGAGGACAUCGAUGGACCCUUGGUGGCGAAAUCGGUAUACGAGCAGCUAUUCAAGCACGACGUCGACUCCGAAUUUCUUGAGCCUGACGACGUUGCGUACGCAUUGGACGAAGCAAUACGCCAGCUUCGAUCUGUCCAUCCAGAGCCCAGUAGGUGGGCACCGUAUAUACAUAUGGGCAUCUGA